CCGGGACGCUUGACCCCGACUCCCCGAUGUUGGGAGACAAAGCCAUGGCGGCCAGGCUUCUGUUGGGCUCCUCGCUCUCACGCCAACUCCACCGUCAGUGACGUAGGUAUCACGUGUCUGUCUCUUCCCUCGCUACGUCCGCCGUGUUUUCCUCCCCUUCGCUGGCUGCUUUCACGCUGGAACCACUCGAAAUAAACAAGUCUGAGCUGAAGGGGUGGUUGUGGUCGCCAGCAGCCGGGCUCCAGUGUCUCGCCACCGGCGGAUGGACCGAACAGCUUCCACCUUGAAGUUACCAUCAAUGAGGCGCAGACCUCCCGUCAAUUACUGGUUCCGCUGAGCUCACAUCAUUGAAAACUUUUUGUGUGCGUGUCGACAACGGUGAGGCUGCCAUGAGAGCUACAAGUGGAUGUCGGGACGCGCUGUGGAUUCCCCCUCCCUCCAUGUCUGGCCUGUAGGCACCAGAAACCGCCCAUUCUCCCAAGCGCACCCUUCUCACAGCCCCCCUCCCACUGUGUGGCCACAUGAUGGCCAGCAAGAGGAAGUCCACUAUUCCUUGUAUGAUCCCCAGCAAGAUUAUACACCAGUCUGAGGCUGUUGGCCACGGCAUUCCUCUUCUUCAGCGGCAAGUUGUCAUUUCUGGAAGGAGUGCACCCAGCCCCUCCAGCCCAGAUUCUCCCAAGUCAGACGCAGCGGAUCCUGUCAUUGAUGACACAGGAACAUAUACCUGCAAGCCUUGCAACUUUGAAACUUAUGACCUUAAUUUGUUCUUGGACCAUGUGUACGCCGGGCACCCAGAAUUCCGUUCUGACCCAGGUUUCCUCUGUGUGAGCUGUGGGUUUUCUGCGCUUAAAUUUGAGGGACUGGCUUUGCAUAAUGCCAGGAUUCACCCCAGCAUGUUGAACAGCCCUCUGCAGCUGAGAAAGAUGGACCGGAGGGUGGUGGUGGAGCAGACGAUUGUAGCUGGGAUGGACGAUGGAAAGGACGAGAUUUCCAUCACUAAAACUCCUAUCAUGAGGAUGCUGAAGGGGAAAUCUGAGCCUAAACGGAUUGUGGUGUCUCAGCCAAUUUCUGAUGGUCCUUCCCCUGACCUACACCCCAUCUCCAGCCCAAAGGAGCCCGAGAGAAAAGAGACCACGGUUGCAGUGACCCCGGUGGCCCAUGUACCCACAAUUGUCCACAACGGCACAACAAAGGUCACGCUGCCCUCAGCAAUUCAGAUCGUCAACGGCUCCGGGGCUUUACCUGUUCUCAAAACCCCCAUUACACAGGUCCUUUCUGUUCCGAACAAGAGCCUGUAUCAGUCUUCUCCCAUCACAGCCUCCUCCGAUGCCUCAGCUUCCAAGAAUCUCCCCAAGGUGAUGAUUCCUUUGAGCAGCAUCCCCACCUACAAUGCCUCCAUGGACUCCUCAUCCUUUUUGAAGACAUCCUUUGGCAAGUUCCCAUACCCCACCAAGGCAGAGCUCUGCUACCUGACUGUGGUUACAAAGUUCCCAGAGGAACAGAUCAAGAUCUGGUUCACGGCACAGAGACUCAAACAAGGGAUUAGCUGGUCUCCCGAGGAGAUCGAGGAGGCCAGGAGGAAAAUGUUCAACACCAUCAUCCAUACUGCACCCACCAGCACACACAGUCAGCCACAGAGUCGCCAGCAGAGUCCUGCUCAACCCACAAUCACGCUCCUGGGGGCCACUGGCAUCCCUCAAAUCUUGCAGGGCUCUCUUGUUAGCCCGGGCGGCGUGAUCGUCACGCAGCCUGUGGUGGCCAAUGGCAUUCAGGUCAGCAGUGCCCCCGUGGCACUAGCCGUCACCCCCAAGCCCCAGGCAGCAGCCAGGCCCAUGAUGCAGGCCCGACCUGCUGCCGCCCUAGUGGCCGACAAGGGCACCAGCAUGCUUUUGGAGGCGGUGGCCAGCAGCAGUACAGGGAGCAACGUCAUCGGCAGCAGUAGGAGUGAAGGGGGGGCUGCUAGCGGCCAGGCCAGCAUCAUCAACUUGGCUCUGGGUAGCAAUAAUCACGGCAAUGCAAAGGUGAGUCAUGUCGCCGUGAAACACAACAGUCCUCGUGGCAGGAGCAAUGGUACCACCAGCAGCCAGGCUGGGACGCCUCAAGGCGCCACCGAUGGAAACCCCCAAGUCAGCAAAACCACCAACAGCGGCACCAUGCAGAGUGAGCAUAAAGGGGCCACAGACGGCAGGCCUUCAAGUGGCAGCCACCCAGUGGACAGCAACGGACAAAAGCCCACAGACGUGAAUGGUAGUGGUACCGAAAAUGGCACCUCCAGCACAAGAGCAGAUGAUCUGGACCCAAGCACAAGCGACCCCUUCAGAAUGGACGAGGCCUCCUCCCCUUCCUCCAAAUCUUCGUCCCCGUCUCCCGCGGCAGGCGGCGCCAGUGGCUGCCUGAGUUCCCGCAGCAUCAGUGCAUUCCUGGAUCCCGCUCUGUCCAAGGGCAAGAAGUCUCAGGAGCAGCUCAACACCCUCAAGGACAGCUUUCUGAGCAACCAGUACCCAGACCAGGAGGAGGUGGACCGCCUCAUCUCUCUGACCGGGCUCACCGUGCGAGAAGUGCGUAAGUGGUUCAGCGAUCGGCGCUACCACUUUCGCAACCUUAAAGGCCCACGCUCCGGCACGGGCGCGGCCAACAGGUCUUCGGCGGGGAUUGGUCUGUCAGGGGGCGCUGAUGCCGGCGACUCCAGCCCUAUGGAUCUUUCUGAAAACAGCAGCAGUGGUGCAAAAACUCCCCAGCACAGUUCUGCUCCUCUGAGCCCGACCUCCUCCACUCAUACGCCCACCUCCCCCACCACUCCCUCACGCAGACUGCCCAGAUCUCCUUCUCCUGAUUUCACAGCGGUCCGCUACAGGGAGAGAGAACCCCACCAGAUAAAAGCACUGGAGGCCAGCUUCGCCCGAGAGCCGGAGCCAUUGGCGGAAGAAGUGGACAGACUGCGAUGUGAGACCAAGAUGACCAGGAGGGAGAUCCAUAACUGGUUCACAGAGAGGAGGAAGAAAGCUGCAGCGGAUGAGAAAAGGAAGGAGGAGGCGGGGCGGGCGCUCGGAGGAGGGGAAGAAGGGGAGCCGACGGAGACCCAUGGAGAGGAGAGACUAAACGAUGAACUCAAAGUCAACCCCAUCAAGAUCAACCUGAAGAUGCUGAAGGUGACCGAGGCUAACGGUAAAUCGGAGGGUGAGGCGCCCGACUGCCCCGUCCUCACUGUUCAGUCCGGCACCCCCGUGAACCACGUGCCGGCACUCGCCCCCAAACCCCCAGUCCUGCGAGGAAAGAAGACGGCCGAGCAGCUGCACCUCCUCAAGCAAGUCUACGCCCGGACCCAGUGGCCCAGCGCCACUCAGUACGAUGAACUCCUCUCGGGCACGGGGCUGCCCCGACCCGAUGUGGUGCGCUGGUUUGGGGACUGUCGCUACAUGCAGAAGAACAGUCAGGUCAAGUGGCUGGAGGCUUACCAGAACAUGGCCCUGGAGGAGGACUUGCAGAAGGACAAGGCUCACGUCCUCCAGGCCCACCUGGAUGUCGGCGGCAGCCAGGAAGAGGCACAGUUGCAGGAACUGGCCAAGGCUACCGGCCUGACAACAGACCUGGUGCGGCAUUGGUUCGCCACCAAAGCAUCUGUGGCUCCAAGGGAGCAGUCGGCACCCCAGCCGCCAUUAUCUGAAGGCUCCUCCCCUUUGGAGCCACACCCAAGAGGGGGGAGGAACGAGAAAAUAGAGCAGUCGCUGUGCGGCGCUGCAAGCCAAGUGGACAGCGGAAAAACUGACAAGACCGUACCUCGAGCGACAGGAGCAGAUUGAGGCGUUUCUCUGCCGUGGUGGUCUUUGGAGCUCCGGACAGCCUGGAAACCGAACCCCCCACCUUCUGUUUGGCCUUUUCCUGUCCUUCCUGCUCGUUCCAAGAUGCUGCCGCCAUGCUCUGUACAGACUGUUGACGUAGAAAUGGAGUUUAUGGACGUACAAACUGAGGCUAGAGUACGAGUAGAUUCAGCAGAUGUUGAGCAGGGCCGGGGCGAGGUUGUCUUCUUCGGUUGUCAACGAGUGUGUUCGUGUUCACACUGUCGAUUGUUUUGCUGCCGGGUGUUUCCUGAAGCCUUAAACGUAAAAACACCACGUCGUUGCACUCACUCAAGAGGCCAACUUGCACGUGAAGCACAUCGGAAGAAAAACUAAGCACUGAUGGAUCUUGGAGCAAAGCUGGGUUCUUUUUCAGUUGCGUGGGCUACAUAGUUCUACAUAGUCAUCGUCAUGUCCAAGCAUGUCCGUACCGUAGCGGUUUUGGAGCAGGAUUCCCUUAGCAGAGACUACAAUGUCAUCUCUGGCUUUUCUAUUCAUCCAAAGAACAGAAAACUAAUAGAAGAUGGAGUAUUUCUUUGUGCUCCUUGAUGUUGUCCGUUUGUUUUUAAUGGAACUUUCUUACGUACAUUUGACUGUAGAAGAACUGAACCUUUCCAGAGUUCCCUACUUAGGUUCAAUGUAUGAUUUUUACAGGUGGUAUUUGCAGAAUAAACUGAAUGUAAUGAA